CUUCUGCCUUCGCUCCUGCCUCUGUCCCGCACCCCGCCGACACGAUGAAGUUCGCUGCCCUCGUCGCCGCCGUCCUGGCCGCUGCCGCUCCCCUCGUCCAUGCCCAGGCCUCCUGCGGACACAACGAUACCAUCGACUCCUUCGCCUACCGCGCCGCCGAUCCUGGAGACCAGUACCACACCCCCAGCGGUGGCCUGAUCGGUGCCGACGGCGCUAACCUCACCAUCCUGCCUGCCGGCGGCCUUCAGAUCACCGCUGGCUUCGACAAUGUUCUCUACAGCCAGGGCGCCGAGCUCAGCACCCACCCCGGCACCGUUGCCACCUUCAACUACUGGUUCAUCCAGUUUAACCCCCAAAUCUGCUACGACAUGAGCAAUGCUGCCACCCUCGAGUUUGAUGUUGUCAUCGAUCCCGGAGUCAACUUCAACAUCACUCUGACCCAGAAGUCCGCUGAUUGCCUCAACCGCUCCAUUGACUCGCAGUACUUCCUGCUGUCCAAGUACCUUACUCCCAACGGCCAGCCCCAGCACCUGUCCAUCCCUCUCAAGGACUUCUCCACCAACCUGCUCGGCCAGCCCUACGACUUCAAGCACAACAAGGAUCUCACCUUCGUCAACCUGACCCCCCAGGGCGGUAACAUCGUCCUCAAGAACUUUGUCGUCACCGGCAGCUGCAAUGCUCCUUCCGCCUCGGGCACGUCGUCGGCUGCUGCCCCCGGUGCCUCUUCGAGCCCCAAGUCCUCGUCGGCCUCUGUCUCGGCCGGCUGGUCCGUUGUCGCUGGUGUUGCUUCUGUUGCCGCUCUUUUUGCCGCUAUCUUCUAAGGCAAGCGCCCCACUUCCUCGAAUGCCACUAUCAGUUUCAGCUCAAUAGAUUUCGUGACCCGGGUGCCCAGUUAGUUUGUCUGAUGGGCUUCAGCUGGUCCUAUGGAUGAUCGAAACCUCUAAAAUACAUGUAUCCCAAUGACGAUUCA